CUUUUUCCGGCUUCUUCUAUCUCUUACAAUGGCGUCUAGAUUCAUGAGCAGAUCCUCCGUCUCUUCUCUCAAAUCCGCAAUCAGAUCUUCACUUCGAAAUUCUCCCAUUGGCACCGGAUCUUCUCCGGCUGCUGCUUCAUCCGCCGGAUUUCGUAUUCCAUCUAAACCAGCUGCUUCUCCUCUUCCCCGAUUCUCCUUUUCCAGGUGUCCGUCGGAGCUUGGUUGUGUUCAGUCGCUGUUACCGCUUCACAGCACGGUGGCGGCUGCUCGGUUGACUUCAUGCCUUAGCACAACUUCCAGAAGCAGCCGAGCUCUCUCUCAGGAUGGAAUCGAUGACACGUGAGACGUAUUUGCAGUUGUUUUUAAAGGUGGGCUCUGUCAACAAUGCUUUGGUGAUAAUUUAGAGUUUAGGAAGCUAUUUUAGAUGAGAUAGCUUGACUAGUUUACUGUUCAUCUGAUUCACUUAGCAUUGUUUAAAGAUUCUUACCAUGAAGUCAAUAACCCCGAAGCAUCCGU